AUGGUUGCAUCCACCAUGUCUAUCUGUUCCAGUGAUCUGAGCUAUGACAGCUGUGUCUGCCUGCCUGGUUCCUGUGAAUCUUGCACAGACUCCUCUUGGGAGGUGGAUGACUGCCCUGAGAGCUGCUGUGAGCCCCCCUGCUGUGCCCCCACCUGCUGCCAGUCCACUUGCUGCAUCCCUACCCACUGUGCUCCAGCCUCCAGCCUGACCCUUAUGUGCAUCCCCAUGAGCUGCGUGUCCAGCCCCUGCUGCCAGUCGACCUGUGAGUCUAGCUCCUGCCAGUUGGUCUGCACCAGCCCCUGUACACCCUCCUGUUGCCAGCAGUCUAACUGCCAGCUUGCAUGCUGCAUGCCCUCCCCCUGUCAGCAGACCUGCUGCAAGCCCGUGUGCUAUGAGUCCAUCUGCUGUGAGCCUGUCUGCUGCAAGCCCGUCUGCUGUGAGCCUGUCUGCUGCAAGCCCGUCUGCUGUGAGCCCGUCUGCUCUGUGCCCAUCUGCUGUGGGACUACCCAAUGUCCAGCUCCAGCAUGCUGCCAGCCCCCUGUCUGUACCUCUACCUGCUGCAAGCCCUCCUCCUGCAUGUCCCUUAUCUGCCAACCUGUGUGCAAGCCUGCCCAGUGCUGUGCCCCCACCUCCUCCUGUACGUCCCUACUCUGCCAUCCUGUGUGCCCCCAUUCAGGCUGCUUUGGCCUCUCAUCAGGCAAGAAGUUCUGCUGCUGA